AUGGCGAGCUCCCCCAGCAAGUCCCUAUGUGCUACAUUCGACGACGACGCACAAAUGAAGAUCACAGUAAACCUGGGCGGAUACACUACACAGGUCCUGAUAGACUCAGGAGCCCAAGGAAACUUUAUCGCACCCCGAAUAGUGCAACAGCGAGAAAUACCAUGGAAUCAGAAGCAAAACCCUUACCGACUAAGGAAUGUGGAAGGGAAAGAAGUCGAGUAUGGCGGAGGCAGCAUUGAUCAGGAGACAGCGCAACUCCCUUUGCUCUACCAUGGCCAUCAGGAGCUUAUCAGCCUCGACAUCACGGAGAUAGGAAACCACGACGUUAUCCUCGGAAUUCCAUGGCUACGAAGACAUAACCCACAAAUCGAUUGGGUUACCGGCCGAAUAAAAUUCAAUCCAGCCUCUGAGAAGCACUCGACGAAGGCCUCAUGCGGAUUACUAGCAGCAACCAGAGCAAGACCACGCCUAAUGCUAAGGAUAAAAGACAUUGGCACUAGGACGCUAGCAGCCACGACGAUUGACAAAGUCACGGAAGAUCCAAUGUCAAAGAUACCUGUUGAAUACAGGGUCUACAGCAAACUCUUUGCACCAGAACUCGAGACCGGAUUACCGGAACACAGCAAGUGGGAUCACAAGAUCGAAAUUAAGGAAGGACACGAACCCACCUUUAACAAAAUAUACCCACUCAACCAAGAAGAAAUGAAAGCCUUAGACGAAUGGCUUGACGAAAAUCUUGCGAAAGGAUUCAUCAGACCUUCGAAAUCACCCGCAGGAUACCCCGUACUAUUCGUACCAAAGAAGAACGGGAAGAAACGACUUUGUGUCGAUUAUCGACGACUCAACGAUAUUACGAUCAAAGACUGUUACCCACUGCCCCUCAUAUCGGAACUAAGAGACCUACUCUACGAGGCCCAAUGGUUCACAGCCUUGGACCUUAAAGGAGCCUACAACCUUAUCCGAAUUGCAGAAGGAGAUGAGUGGAAAACAGCCUUCCGAACGAGAAGAGGACAGUUUGAAACGUUAGUCAUGCCAUUUGGACUCACCAACGCACCGGCUACAUUCCAAACUAUGAUCAACCAAGUACUACGGGAAUAUCUGGACAAGUCUGUUGUUGUGUACCUCGACGACAUCCUUAUAUUCUCCAAAACGUUGGAAGAACACAAGAAGCAUGUCCACGAGAUUCUCAAAGCACUCGAACAAGCGAAGCUACUUGUGGAACCAGAGAAGAGUCUGUUUCACAAACAGGAAGUAGAAUUUUUAGGGUUCACAAUCACGCCAGGCGUAAUCAAGAUGUCCCCUAACAAAAUCAAGGCUGUGCAAGAAUGGCCUACACCAGAAAACCCGAAGGACAUACUAUCCUUCUUAGGAUUUGUCAACUUCUACCGAAAAUUCCUCAAAGACUACUCCAAAACGAUAUUGCCUCUUACCGAACUCACUAAGAAAAAUGCACCUUGGGAAUGGACAGACAAACAACAGAAAGCGUUCCAAGAAGUCAAGGACAAGGUCACAUCGGAACCCGUCAUCCAGAUUCCGAACCCUGAGAAGCCCUUCGAGCUCGAAACGGAUGCUUCGAACGAAGCUGAAGGAGCGCAGCUAGGCCAAAGGGACGAGAACGGAGUCCUACACCCCUGUGGAUUCUUUUCAAGGAAGUUCCAAGGACCUGAACUGAAUUACCAGAUCCAUGAUAAGGAACUUAUGGCAAUUAUCGACGCAUUCAAAGAAUGGAGACCCCAACUAUCAGGAACAAAGUACGAAGUAAAAGUGUACACGGAUCACAAGAAUCUGGCACACUUCACCACUUCGAAAGAGCUCAACAAACGACAAAUCAGAUGGUCAGAAUUCCUCUCAGAAUUCAACUUCAGAAUCAUCUACAGGAAAGGAUCAGAAAACGGCAGAGCAGACGCGCUCAGCCGAAGACCCGAUUACAAGGACGAAGUCCCAGAAGAAACUCAGGUUAUCCUCAAAAAAGACAAUGGCGACCUCGUACCCGCCGCGAAACUCUUAAUGAUCGGCGACCGUGUCAAGACCAGCACGACUGGAAGAAUGACACACGACCAGAUCAGGGAGAUACACAGCGCACCCGCUCACGGUCACCAAGGAGUUACGAAAACCUGGAAACGAAUCAGACAACACCACGACAAGCGAGUAACAAGAAAAGACGUCGCUGACGCAAUCAAGGAUUGCGAAGUCUGCGCAAAAAUGGUUGUGGAUAGAUUCACGAAGUACGCGUAUUUCAUACCAUACUUGGAAUCAAGCACGGCAGAAGACUUAGCAUACACCUUUCUCAGGAUCAUUGUCAGCCAACACGGCCUGCCCCAGGAAAUAGUAUCAGACAGAGGAUCAGUCUUUACGUCCAAGUUCUGGAGAUCCCUGAUCUCGCAGCUCGGAGCAAAGCACAGCCUCAGCACUGCCUUCCACCCGCAGUCCGACGGACAAACGGAAAGAAUCAACCAGAUCCUGGAAACGUACCUAAGGAGUUAUGUGAACUACGACCAGGACAACUGGGUCAAGUUGUUACCAACCGCACAGUUCGCAUACAACAGUUCAAUAGGAGAAAGCACGCGAGAAUCACCUUUCUUCCUCAACUAUGGAUUCAACCCUACCGCUUAUGGAGAACCCCGAACCGGCUCUGCCGCGAUAAAAGCAGUAGCAGACAUCAAGAAACUUAAGGAAAUCCAACAAAAACUACCCCAAGAACUCGAAUUCGUACGGCAAAGAAUGAAGAAACACGCCGACCGACAUAGGGUGAGAGGCCCACCCCUAAAAGAGGGAGGUAGCGCCUACCUCAUACGGCGAAACAUCAAAACGAAACGACCUAGCGACAAACUCGACUUCAAAAAACUAGGACCUUUCGAAAUCACGAAGAAAAUUUCCGAAGUCAACUACGAGUUGAAACUACCGGAAACAAUGAAAUGUCACCCAGUCUUUCACGUCUCAUUAUUAGAACCAGCACCGGACGGUACACACACCGAAGACUGCAUCAUUGUGGAAACAGAUGACACCGAAUACGAAGUAGAACGCAUUCUAGACCACCGGAGGAAUGACGAAACAACAGAAUACUUCAUUAAGUGGAAAAACUAUGGACACGAAGACGAUUCGUGGGAACCAGCUAAGAACCUGGAACACGCUCAGGAAGAACUCCAACAAUACUGGCACCAGAGGACGUCUCUGGACCCCAGUCGUCCAAACCGACGCCAGACCAAUCCACGACGCCAAUAG